AUGACAGAGAGAGAGCUUCCCGAGGUUUUCUCCUCGGACGACGAGGGAGAGGCGCUGGCCGCGUCGCCGGCAGCGCGGAAAGACAUCGGGCCGGAUCAGCUUUCGCAGCUUGAUCGAGAGCCCGCGAAGGAGGCUGCAGAAGCGGCGAAGGCGGCGCGGAGCGCCAAGAAGCGCAGGUUGCAGCGUGAUUCGGAUGGGCCCGCCUUUUCUUCUUCCCGUCCUCGGACGGGCGGCGGCCAUCUUGGGGAUCCGGUUUUGGGCCUUGGACCCCUGCUGGGAGCUAAUCCGGGCAUCGCGGGAAGCGAUAGGCCGUGUCAUCUCACUGCCCCAGCAUCGGAGAUCUCGCCUCAGGACAGCUCGCAACCGGGUUCUAGCUUGCUAGUAGCUGCUCAAGAUGCCACAGAAGAUGAGGAAACAAUGGAAACAAUGGAAGAUACAGUAGUUGAAGAUGAAGAUGAUGAAGCUGAAGUUGAGGAGGAUGAACCCACAGAGCUGACAGAAGAGAAAGAGGAAGAAGACCUAUCAGGAGAACCUAAAGCAUCACCCAAUGCUGAUACAACCAUCUUAUUUGUGAAAGGAGAAGAUUUUCCAGCAAACAACAUUGUGAAGUUUUUAGUAGGCUUUACCAACAAGGGUACAGAAGACUUCAUUGUGGAAUCUCUAGAUGCUUCGUUCCGGUACCCUCAGGACUACCAGUUUUUCAUUCAGAAUUUCACUGCUCUUCCACUGAACACAGUUGUUCCACCACAGAGACAAGCCACAUUUGAAUACUCUUUCAUUCCUGCAGAGCCUAUGGGUGGCCGGCCCUUUGGACUAGUCAUCAACCUGAAUUACAAAGACCAGAAUGGGAACUUUUUCCAAGAUGCUGUUUUCAAUCAAACUGUUACAAUUAUUGAAAAAGAAGAUGGAUUGGAUGGUGAAACGAUCUUUAUGUAUAUGUUCCUUGCUGGACUUGGCCUUCUUGUGAUUGUUGGUUUGCAUCAGCUAUUAGAAUCUAGAAAGAGAAAAAGACCAGCUCAAAAAGUAGAGAUGGGGACAUCAAAUCAGAAUGAUGUUGACAUGAGUUGGAUUCCUCAAGAAACUUUAAAUCAAAUCAUGCAAAGUAGAAGAGACAAAGCUUCACCAAGGCGGUUGCCCCGCAAAAGGGCACAAAAGAGAUCAGUAGGGUCUGAUGAAUAAUUCUUGUUGGUACAGUGAGCCUUUACUAACCCAGCCAUCCAACCCCCUCCCUCUUGUGUUUGCUUGAAUUGGGAGUUGUGCUGAAAAGCCAUAUCAACUGAAGAGAAUACUAUGAAACAUUUGGACUCUGCAUUUGAGUUGUGUUCAGAGAACAUUGCUAAAAAUGCACUUCUCGUUCCUUUUAAGAAACUUUUAAUUAAGAAUCAUCGUGCUAUCUGAAAUGUGCCUUUAGAGUCUUUUCAUAAUGCUGAUCUGUCAUCUGCACGCCUUUGUUUCUGAUGUUUUUGUCAGAAAUGCAAAUGUUUCCUAUCCUAUUCUGAUUGUAUCCUAUUGUAGAAAAAAGUCUUCAUGCAUUUUCCUAUCUCUCCAAAGUCAUUGAGCUAAUUCUUUGCUACAUGUAUGCAGCUACUUUUUGGUUUGCAUGCUGCAUCUUGUCAUGAAGCACUGAACUGCAUUUUGUGUAGCUAGUAUUCUAAAGGCACAAGCAGGGGUAACUGCUUCAAGCAGUCUGUUUUUUAAUUAAAUUGCUGCUGCUCGACAAAGCGCACACUGAAUGAGAUCCCCGAUAUUCUUGCAUAUGUGUCAAAAAGGGAUUUCUGUAGCAGCAGACCUUAAAGUACAGAAUGUGUGCUCACUUUGGCGUUUAACAUCCCUUUUUAUUGCAAUAUAACUGUACAUGUGUAUAAAUUGUUAGUAAUUUGACUUUAGUCAACAGAUCUGGUGACAGUAGCCAGGUGAAUUACUUUGGAAUGCUAAGUCUAAUGGUUACAAAUUGAGCCUCGUCAGUAUGACUGUAGGGAGUUUCCCAUCACUUGGAAAACCAAAUCAUGGAUAGAAAAAUGCAUCAAUUCUUAGAUAAAGCUGGAUACAAGGUAUGCUGGAUACAAGAUUUGACUUUCAUGAAGGUGUCUUGGGGCAACAGCUUACAAGGUGUAUAACGGAAGUCUGCUCUUAUGUUCCCAUGUUUGAUUGUAUAAAAAAGAAUAAGUUCUAAAAUGACAGUAAAAAACAUAAAGUAACAUUUUAUUUUUGAGUUGUGUGGCUCCUCUUUUUUCAAUGGUCUAGUUGAGUGAAAUGCAGAGCUAGAUUUCAGCUACAAAAAUGUGUUUAAAGGAGAUCCUGGCUAGAAGCUUGGUUCCAUUAUUACCACAAGGCUUGAUGAUAAAAAUUGGCAAGUGUGUUAAACUUUAAAUUCUAUAGAACUUUUUCAUAAUUGAAAACGGUAUGAUAUCUGCUCAGACUAACAUGGAUUAUUCUGAUGUGUGUAUAUAUACAUAUAUAUGGUAUUAACUUUAAUGCUGUAUUUGGAAGUGUAAGGGAAGAAUUCAAACAAAAGUAUAAAACACUAAUUUGAAAUGUGGAACUCGGCUUUUGCUUUUUGCUUGCCUCCCAGUAUUGUUUGUUCUGCUUAAAUGAAUGGAUUUAUGAGUCAAAGGGCUAGAUCAGAGGUCUCAAACUCAUUUGUUACGAGGGCUGGAUCUGACAUAAAUGUCACUUU